CACUGAGUGUCUCCAUCUCUCUCCAUGCCCCAGGUGUUUAUGGCUUCCCACGGUGUCCUGGGGAGAGCUCCCACCUCUGUGACUGGAUCAGGAAGGUGCUGGAUCGAGGUGCCUACACAGAAGCUGUUCAGGAGCACUUGGUACAAGCAGAGUAUUGGCACGACCCUCUGAAGGAGGAGGAGUACAGGAAAAAGAGUGUCUUUCUGGCUGACAUAAAUCAGGAGAGGGGCAUCAAUCAGACUUACAAGAAAAACCUGAUGGCUCUGAAAAACUUUGUGAUGGUGAAAUUUCUCAAUGAUUCCAUGGUCGACCCUCCAAUAUCUGAGUGGUUUGGGUUCUACAGAAGUGGCCAAGCCCAGGUGACCAUCCCCCUGCAGGAGACCUCUCUGUACAAGGAGGAUCGCCUGGGGCUGCAGGAAAUGGACAAAGCAGGAAAAUUGGUGUUCCUGGGGGUGGAAGGGGACCACCUGCGUUUCACAGAAGAGUGGUUUUACACCACUAUCCUCCCCUUCCUCCAGUGAGGCAGCAGGGAGGGGGCUCUGUGCCUGUAGCUCAAGUAACUGCUCCUGUGCAAGAGCACUUUGUGUGUGAGCCUUGGGGGG